AUGUUACUGCUGUGCUACGACGUGAGGUCGGACACCCCACAACUGCCGCGGCAGAAAGGGAGAUCUGCAUUCCCGCAUGCACGUCUCCAUCAUUCGGACAUCAUCUUCCAGCACCUUCGUGCACAACACCUGAACAACCCUGGCCGUUGCGAAUCAUGCAUCGAUGUAGAAGAGCAUGCCGGCACGGCAGAUGCAACUACUCUGCCGUCCUAUGGCGCCGGUACUGCUGGUCUACUUCUCGCCAUCAUCCUGACCGAAGAUCCUUUCAUCAAUGUCGCGGUCCUCGAAGCUGGCUCGGAUGGUCGCACAAACCCCAAUAUCACGAUUCCGGAGUUGAGAGGUGAGAUCAUUGAUACCGAGUAUGAUUGGGCGUACUACAGUACUGUACAGCCUGGCUUGUAUGAGAACAGGAGUCAGGCUGUCAAUAGAGGAAAGACCAUCGGCGGGACAAGCGCUAUGAACUGGAUGAUCCACAACGAAGACUCUCGUAUACAACUUGAUAUCUGGGAGUCAUUGCUCAACCUCACUAGCUGGAACAGUGAUGCAUCACUGGGCUGGAAUUGGGAGACACUAUCCACCGCUUUCCGCGAGAGUGAGGUCUUCUUCGCUCCUUCCUCCAAUGCAUCUUCGGCGGAGCAGCCGGACCCUGCCAACCACGGGUCUUCCGGAUACAUCUGCUCGACCUUGCAACGCAGUGUCCUAUCUCUGCUGUCUGACUACGUAACUCCCGCUCUUCUCAACGCUGGAUAUGCUGUCCCCGGUGAUAGAAAUGGAGGUAAUGUGACCGGUGCCGGGUUACUUCCUCUUGCUAUCUGUCCCGGCAACUACACCAGAAGUUAUUCGGGAUCAGCAUAUACUGCUGUUCAGGAUCGACGCAAUUUGCAUCUUUACACCAACGCUCAAGUCACGGACAUCAGCUGGAUUUCCACCACAACUGGAAAUGUUACUGCCCGUGGACUCAAUUACGUCGACACUUCUGGCCGUACUUCAAACACUAGCCUCUCAAUCCAAGCGCAGGAUAUUAUCUUGUCUGCAGGUAUAGCCGGUUCAGCACCUAUCUUGGAGCGAUCGGGCGUUGGUAACCCGGACAUCCUGACACCAUUGAAUAUCACGCCCAUAGUCAAUCUCAGCAGUGUAGGCACUGGUCUACGAGAUCCUUUGAUGAUGCAAUACCAGCCUCUCCAAUACAACUUCAGCGUUGAGUUCACAGGUGGCGAGUAUGCUCAGAACUACAUUGACCUGCGUCCUGCUCAAGACGUCCUGUCACCUGCCGACUAUAAUGCUGCCUCCGUCUGGUUGAAUGAGACGACAUCUAUCCCUGGCUUGGAAGAUGCACAACUUCUUGUUUUCAAGCAUCUUUGGUUUACCCGCCAACCUCUGAUUGAGAUGGCAUGGCAGUACAGCAGCACGCAAUCCAUGCCUUACACCCUGAUCCCUCUCUCGCAAGGAACCAUUCACAUCAAUACCUCCGACCCUCUAGCCGCUCCCGUCAUCGACCCUAAUUACAAUUCGGUGACUGCGAUCAUAAACAACGAGACAGUACCUUGGGAUCUCUGGCUCCUCUCCCGAGCUUCACAAUUCUACGUCACUCAACUCGCUUCAACUCCGCCAUUCUCAGACGUCUUGACCAAAACAGACCCCGACCACAACCUGUCACCUGCCGACUACCAACAAGCCGUCUACGAACGCACAGGCACAUCUCAACAUCUCACGGGCGGCCUCCCCAUGCUUCCUCGUUCCGCUGGCGGUGCGAUUGCUUCCGACCUUCUCGUCUACGGCACUCAAAACGUCAGAGUCGUGGAUGGCAGUAUCUUCCCGUACCAACCUUCUGCGCAUCCUAUGGGAUUGACAUAUUCGGUUGCUGUACAUGCGGCGAAGAUACUUCAGCGAGUCAAGGGAAGUAAGCUGACGUAUACGGAGGACCCAGGGAGAAGUAAUUCAAGUUCGAAUGCUACGGCUGUAUUCCCGACGAACUUGCCAACUGCGACUUAUGAUGUCAGAGGUAGCGCUGUGCCUGCUAGCUCUUCGGUGGCGGUUUCUACCGGCGGAGUCGAGAAGGUGGAAGACCAAUAUGUCCGCCUUGUCCUCUGGUUAUCCCCAUUUCCCAAAUCCCAAAUCAUGUCAAGCCAGUGA